AUGUCCUGCCAGCAGAGCCAGCAGCAGUGCCAGCCCCCCGCCAAGUGCCCCCCGUCGCCCAAGUGCCCCCCGAAGAGCCCCGCCCAGUGCUCGCCCCCAGCCCCCGCAGGCUGCGCUCCAGGCUCCGGGGGCGGCUGUGGGCUCAGCUCCGGGGGCGGCUGCUGCCUGAGCCACCGCAGGCGCCACGGGUCCCAUGGCUGCCGGCGCCACAGCUCUGACUCCUGUGACGGUGGCCGCGGGCUGCAGGCCGGGGGCUCCGGGGGCAGCCAUGGCUGCGGGGGCGGCUGCUGA